AUGAAGUGCCAGAACAUGGUUGGAAAGGGUAUGAAGUUUUACGCAAUUAUGGCCAAAUUCCAUCAGCUUGAUCCACAAGCGUGGCUUACGUCAAAGGUCGUUUUGCCGUACGGAGCCGUGUCCUACUACUGGUCAGGCGUGACGACCAUUGCGCUGGCUUACAACAUGAUCACCGUGUUGAUGAGGGCGGUGUUCCACGAAGUGCAAACUAAGUUAUUGGUAUUUUGGCUGGUCGUCGAUUAUCUCAGCGAUUUAAUUUACAUAAUGGACAUGUUGAUCAAGUUCAGGACAGGGUACCUGGAGCAAGGACUGUUUGUUCGCAACAUAAAAAAGUUGGCGAAGAACUAUAUGCGAAGCAUGCGCUUCAAGAUCGACGUCAUCAGCGUCUUCCCGACAGAUUUUCUGUACUUCUACGUCGGCAUCAACCAACCGAUAGUUCGACUGAACCGCCUUCUGAAGUUGCCGUGUGUGUUCGAGUUCACGGAGUUGACCGAAACGCGGACGAAGUGGCCGAUCUUGUUUCGGGUACUGUGCCUCAUCGUCUACAUCUUGGUCAUCAUUCACCUGAAUGCCUGUCUGUACUUCGCGGUCAGCAGUGCGAUCGGCCUCGGCUCCGACCGCUGGGUGUACAACAACGACGACGACGAGCACGACUCGUUCGCUCAUCGCUACUUCUACAGCUUCUAUUGGUCGACCAUGACGCUGACGACGAUCGGCGAAACGCCCAUGAUCACGAACAUGAACGCCGCCAAAACCGAGUACCAGUUUCAGAUCGAUGCCAUCAAGCAGUUCAUGCAGACGCACAAGGUGAACGACGAACUGCAGGGCAAAAUCAUACGCUGGCUUGACUACCAGUGGACCAACAAAUACGCUCUGAACAACGAAGACCCCCUGACCGCCCUUCCAAACAAGCUGCAAGCCGAAAUCGCCAUUAACGUACAUUACGAGACGUUGCGUAAAGUGAAGAUUUUCCAAAACUGCGAGGCAGGCCUCCUUGCCGAACUUGUACUGAAGCUCAAACUGCAGGUGUUUAGUCCCGGAGACUAUAUAUGCAGGAAAGGAGAUAUUGGUAAGGAAAUGUACAUCGUUAAACGCGGGCACCUGCAGGUUGUCGGCGAUGACAUGGUUACCGUAUUUGCAACACUUAAAGAGGGUGCGGUUUUUGGUGAACUGAGCAUCCUCAACAUUCCAGGUAACAAAAAUGCGGACCGAAGGACAGCGAACAUCAGAAGUGUUGGCUAUACAGAUUUAUUUGUCUUGUCUAAAGUCGAUUUGUGGUCAGCCCUGCUGGACUUCCCGGAUGCGAAGGGAAUGCUAAUAGAAAAAGGCAAGGAAAUUUUACGGAAAGACAAUCUGCUCGACGAAACUGCUGCCGAAGUGGAGUCUCCCGAAAAGGUGGCAGAAACGGUAUCGGAAAACCUUCAGUCUAUACAAGAGAGGUUUAGCGCUAUUACCUCAGAGAUUGAGCAGCAGCGUAAACUACACGAAAGGAUCGACCAGUUAGAAGAAAAGCUUAAAAUGCGUGUUGGAACUAAAUACCGUAUGGAUGACAGUAAAUGA